GAUCAGCAGUCGGAUUCUCUCUGGGUGUUCUCUGGUAUCAAGGAGGUGGAGGAGAAGCUCGGACUGUGUGGGAUCAGCAGUCUGAGCUCUGAGACCCUUCCUCUGCUGUGUGUCAGCUUUAUCACUGAGAACAGCCUGGUGGCCGCUGGUCAUGACUGCUACCCAGUGCUGUUUGUGUAUGACGGUACUAAGGGCUCAGUAACGUUCGGAGGGAAGCUGGACGUUCCCAAGCAGACGUCUCAGAGAGGGAUCAGCGCCAGGGAACGCUUCCAGAACCUGGACCGCCGAGCCACCUCGUCUGAGACCACCGAGCAGGGCCUGGAGAGUCUGCACAAGAACAGCAUCAGUCAGAUCUCUGUGCUGGAAGGAGGGAAGAGUAAAUGUUCCACGUUCUGUACAACUGGGAUGGACGGAGGAAUGGUGACAUGGGACGUCAAGGUA